AUGCCCAAUUUCGCCGGCACCUGGAAGAUGCGCAGCAGCGAGAAUUUCGACGAGCUGCUCAAGGCGCUGGGUGUGAACGCCAUGCUGAGGAAAGUGGCCGUGGCGGCUGCGUCCAAGCCGCACGUGGAGAUCCGCCAGGACGGGGAUCAGUUCUACAUCAAGACAUCCACCACGGUGCGCACGACUGAGAUCAACUUCAAGGUCGGAGAAGGCUUUGAGGAGGAGACAGUGGACGGACGCAAGUGCAGGAGUUUAGCCACUUGGGAGAAUGAGAACAAGAUCCACUGCACACAAACUCUCCUCGAGGGGGACGGCCCCAAAACCUACUGGACCCGCGAGCUGGCCAACGACGAGCUCAUCCUGACGUUCGGCGCCGACGAUGUGGUCUGCACGAGGAUUUAUGUUCGGGAGUGA